AUGCCUUACUUCCCCAACCCUUGGUUGUUCCAGCAAGCUCCACCCCAGCAAUUCCAAUUCCAAUCUCAAUCGAAGAGAGACCAAGACUUCGAAGAAGGUCUGAACCGUUUACGCAAAGAUUAUGCCACAGCUCCAAUGGAAGAUGACAGGCUUUCAGUCUCUUCCCUAAGGUCGACCAAUUCGACUCGUACCACAGAUUCGGUUCGUGACCGUGAAGACUACCUCAAGCAGUCUGAGAGACUCUUCAUCUUACAGCCAUUUACAACUGGAGCUCUCAAGAACAUGCGCAAUUACGAAGGUCAGACACCAGCUGGAGACCGCAAAACAGACGUGCUUACAAGAGCAGUCCAACUGGUCAAGACAAAGACUGAGAUAGUCGACUUCAUUCUUGCAGCUUGCCCUUACAAGUAA